AUGGGGGUGAACGCCGUGCACUGGUUCCGAAAGGGGCUCCGGCUUCACGACAACCCCGCCCUGAAGGAGUGCAUUCAGGGCGCCAACACCAUCCGCUGCGUCUACAUCCUCGACCCCUGGUUCGCCGGCUCCUCCAAUGUAGGCAUCAACAGGUGGCGAUUUUUGCUUCAGUGUCUUGAAGACCUUGAUGCCAAUCUGCGAAAAUUAAACUCUCGUUUGUUUGUGAUUCGUGGACAGCCAGCAGAUGUGUUUCCCAGACUUUUUAAGGAAUGGAACAUUACUAAACUUUCAAUUGAGUAUGAUUCUGAGCCUUUUGGAAAGGAACGAGAUGCAGCUAUUAAGAAACUGGCUACUGAAGCUGGAGUGGAAGUGAUUGUACGAAUUUCACAUACAUUAUAUGACCUGGACAAGAUCAUAGAACUCAAUGGUGGACAACCACCUCUUACUUAAAGAUUCCAGACUCUCAUCAGCAAAAUGGAACCACUAGAGAUGCCCGUAGAGACAAUUACUUCUGAAGUGAUAGAAAAGUGUACAACUCCUCUGUCUGAUGACCAUGAUGAGAAAUAUGGAGUCCCUUCACUAGAAGAACUAGGUUUUGAUACAGAUGGCUUGCCCUCUGCAGUAUGGCCAGGCGGAGAAACUGAAGCACUUACACGUUUGGAAAGGCAUUUGGAAAGAAAAGUAUGGGGUGGCAACUUUGAAAGACCUCGAAUGAAUGCAAAUUCCCUGCUCGCUAGCCCUACUGGACUCAGUCCUUAUCUCCGAUUUGGUUGUUUGUCAUGUCGACUGUUUUACUUCAAACUAACAGAUCUAUACAAAAAGGUUAAGAAGAACAGUUCCCCUCCACUGUCCCUUUAUGGGCAACUGUUAUGGCGUGAAUUUUUCUAUACAGCAGCAACAAAUAAUCCACGCUUUGAUAAAAUGGAAGGAAAUCCCAUCUGUGUUCAGAUUCCUUGGGAAAAAAAUCCUGAGGCUUUAGCAAAAUGGGCAGAAGGCCGGACAGGUUUUCCGUGGAUUGAUGCCAUCAUGACACAGCUUCGUCAGGAGGGUUGGAUUCACCAUUUAGCCAGACAUGCAGUGGCUUGCUUCCUGACCCGAGGUGACCUGUGGAUUAGUUGGGAAGAAGGAAUGAAGGUAUUUGAAGAAUUAUUACUUGAUGCAGAUUGGAGCAUAAAUGCUGGAAGUUGGAUGUGGCUGUCUUGUAGUUCCUUUUUCCAACAGUUUUUUCACUGCUAUUGCCCUGUUGGUUUUGGUAGGAGAACAGAUCCCAAUGGAGACUAUAUCAGACGUUAUUUGCCUGUCCUAAGAGGUUUCCCUGCAAAAUAUAUCUAUGAUCCCUGGAAUGCACCAGAAGGUAUCCAAAAGGUAGCCAAAUGUUUGAUAGGAGUUAAUUAUCCUAAACCAAUGGUGAAUCAUGCUGAGGCAAGCCGUUUAAAUAUUGAAAGGAUGAAGCAGAUCUAUCAGCAGCUUUCACGAUAUAGAGGACUAGGUCUUCUUGCAUCAGUGCCUUCUAAUCCUAAUGGGAAUGGAGGCCUCUUGGGGUAUUCUCCUGGAGAAAAUAUUCCAGGUUGUAGCAGCAGUGGAAGUUGCUCUCAAGGGGGUGGUAUUUUAAAUUAUGCUCAUGGAGACAGUCCAACUCACCUAUUAAAGCAAGGAAGAAGCCCCAUGAGCACUGGUUUCAGCAGUGGGAAACGUCCUAGUGAGGAAGAGGACACGCAGAGUAUCGGUUCUAAGGUCCAGCGACAGAGCACUAAUUAGAAAACAUUCAGGAGGAAUACUGUUGCAGCUGAAAUUGGUGGGGAGUUCACUACUUUUUUCAGUUAAAUUAUUUUAAAAUGUUCUUCAUUGAUGGAAAGCAGUUACAUUUGAAAUGCAUUGUUUCUAAUGACAUUUCUGUAGUUUUAAAAACUUUUAAUGAACUUCACGUAGGACAAAUGAUAAUUUGUAUAUAAAGAACUUGGUAAAAAUUUUGCUUAUGUAAAUAUAGUCACAAUUAAUAUAGACCCAUCAAUAUAGUUUUGAUAAUUUUUCAUGUAUGGUAAAAGUUAAAGUGGCAAACUGAUAUUCUGAUAUACAACUGACGUUUUGAGAGUCAAUGUGGGAAAAUAGGAGGUUUUUAGACUUUCUUAAAAAGACUUUGUUAAAAUUUUAGGACAAAAUUUUCUUGACAUCAUUGUUUGAUCUAACUUUACACUCUUUGAUAAGGUUUUAGAAAAUGUGCACAAUCAAAAUUGGUAGUUAUAACCUCUGUUAACACAGACAAUAUAUGUUUUAAAUCUUCAUGUAUGCCUGUUUUGACCCAAAUCUGUGGAAGUAUCAUGUGUUAAGUUCUCCUUGUCUCCUUUUGUUCAUUUACAACUAAGUGACCUUGUUAUUAAAGUAUAUGCAUAUAUGGAA